AUGCCUUCAUUAAGAAAGAAAGACGAUAUUCCAAUCAAUGGUGAAGAUAUUACUCCAGCUAAAGAUGGAUGUUUAUAUAAAGAAAUUGUUCAUGAAAGUACAGAUGAUGAAGCCCCAUGGUUUGAUGAUAAAGUAACAAUUCAUUAUAUUGGAACUCUAGUUGAUGGAACUGUAUUUGCAAAUACACGAGAAAAAGAUGAAAAAGUUAGUUUUAAUUUGGGUCGAGGUGAAGUUAUAAAAGCAUGGGAUAUGGCUGUUGCAACAAUGAAACGUGGUGAAAUUGCUAAAUUCUUUUCCAAACCAAAAUAUGCAUAUGGUUUAAAAGGAAUCCCAGGAAAAGUUGAAUCUGCUACAAGUGUUAUUUUUGAAAUUGAAUUAAUUGAUUGUAUUGGAAAAGAUAUUAGUGAUGAUAGAAAUGGAACUAUUCUUCGACGAGUUAUAAAAAAAGGUGAUGCAUAUGAACCAACAAAUGAAGAUUCUGUUGUUGAAGUUAUGAUUAAAGGGACAUAUAAUAAAGGAGAAGUAUUCGACGAACGAACGGUUACAUUCUAUGCUGGUGCAGGUGCUGUACAAAAUAUUCCUGCUGCUGUUGAACGUUCUGUAUUUCGUAUGACAAAAGGUCAACAUGAUCGAUUACGUUUAACAGGAAAAGCAAUAGAAGAUUUAAAAAAAUAUAAUGUUCCAUCUGAUGCAACUGUAGAAUAUGAUGUUACUAUUACAAAAUUAGAACGAGCUAAAGAAGAACGACAAUUAAGUGAUGAUGAUAAACUUGAAACAGCAGAUGUUUUAAAACAACGUGCUGAUGAAUUUGUUAAAGCUGGUUUUUAUGAUCUUGCUAUAAAACGAUAUAAAACAGCAUUUCAUUAUCUUUUAAAUGCAUCAUUAACAAGUGAAGUUGACAGAAAUAGAUCUUGGAAUUUAAAAUUUCAUUCUCAAUCAAAUUUAGCAUUAUGUUAUUUAAAAGUUGGAAAUUAUGCUGAUUGUCGGCGAUCAUGUGAAACAGCAUUAGCUCAUGAUAAAAAACAUGAAAAAAGUCUUUUUCGUCUUGGUCAAUGUCGAUUAGCAACACAUAAUUAUGAUCAAGCUAUUAAAGAUUUUGAAGCUGUUCUUGAAGUUAAUCCAGAUAAUGAACUUGCAAAAAAACUUAUUGAGGAAUGUAUUAGAAAAAAGAAAGUAUCAGAAAUCGAUGAAGGCAAAAUGUUUAGUCCGUUUUUUAAAAAACCAGACAAGAAAAAUCCUCCAGCCAAGAUUGAAGAAUAUGUAUCAAGCGAUGAAGACAAAGAUGCAUAA